AUGACAAGCCUGAUCUUGGAGAACGCCGACUUAAAUCGACUCUUUCCGAAAUGCCGGCCUAGGGGCGGACCACCCCCGGCCCCGGGGGCCUCCACGCAGAGCAGCCAGCAGCCGCAUGACAGCCCCUGCCAGACGGAGGCCGCCGCUAUCACCACCGCCACCGCCGCGACCGCCGCAACAGCCGCCGCUGUCACCAUCGCCUCUACGAACACGUCGACGAGCGCCUCCGCGAUAUCGGACGACAUGAUCGACCUCGAGCGCGACACCUCCGACAGGUAUAGGAAACGAGCGAAUGGCAGAAAAAAAUCAGGUUCGCUGUCCCGUAGGACGGCGAGCGUGGUGCCCGGUUUCACGGUCGAGGGCCAGCUGCCGCACGCCACGAAGCCGCUCUCGUCGAGCUCCUCCUCGGCGUCCGGACGCAGCGAGGACGCGCCGCAGUACGGCAGCCUGCCGGGUAGCGAUCAUCAGGGACAAUCGCAGCAGGACGACAGCGGGCCCGAGGGUAGUCCCGUGUACAUUUUGACCUCGGCCAAGGGUGGCCCCAGCUACAAGCUUCGCGAUUCAAGGUAA